UAAUGCGUAUUUUAACUGCACCAUUUUUUAUUAUUGAAACGCCAAUUAUUGUUAUAAGGCAUAAGCAUAUUAUUUAUAUGUCUGUGGUAAAAAAGAUAACGCCGACAUCUGCACUUGGAAAAAUGCAUCAUGAAUUCGCAGAUUAUUGUGAAACAACGACAAAUCCAGCUGAUGAAGUUCAAGAUAAUGAAAAAGGAUUUUUUAUUUAUAGCGCCAAAUUUGGAAAUUUAGAUCUUCUUUAUUCUGCUGAAGCCAGCGCUGUUAUAAGUGAUGAGGAGGUUGAACAGGUAACCAAUAUUGUCGAAUUGAAUAGUUGCUGCUUCAUUUCCGUAAAUAUUAUAAGCGAGGGGAAGUUUGCCUAUUGGAUGAAAACCACUUCAGUAUUUAAAUGGUGGUGCAAGGCAUAUCUAUCGAAUGUAGAAAAAUUUUUCAUUGGAUUUGAAAAUGAUCAUGGCGUUAUAAAUCAACCGGCGUUAUUGCGGGAUAUAACGGAUUUGGAAAAGGAACAACGUAGGCGCAUCCAUAUAUCCAAAGCAUUUUUGAAUAAGUUUCUAAAUUUAGUUGUGGAUACUACAGAAAAUUAUGAUAGCCCUGACACAAUUAUUAAAUACAGUUUUGAUGAGCAGAGUAACAUAGAGUGCAGCGUCCAUAGCACCGACGAGUUCCCUAUGUUUAGCGCUGAUUUUACUGCCUACAUGCGCGAACAAACUGAUUAA